GGGUGGAGACCACUUCACAGUAUACUGCGGCUCUUCGCAGAGCGCCCUUAUCUAUCCCUGUCUGUUGACUUUUUUGUCACUGCCAACACUUCGAAAUACUCCUCGAAGAUGACGACGACCACCACCUUCCAAGGAGUGGAGCCCGGCGCCAAAAAUAGUUCCAGGGUACUACGACCGCCAGGCGGCGCCUCCAGCUUCUCCUUCGGCACAGACGAAAACACAACCCCGCAGCGCAAGAACAAGAUGGCCUCCAGCAUCUUUGCAGAACCAGAGGACCCCCAUGCUCAUCGGAGGAACAACCCACCAACUGGCGCGGCUGCAGGGACCCUGUGCGGGGAGCCGUCGGCCCCACUGAGACGGUGUCAGCAGCCCAUUCUGUUCCCCAAGAACCCUCAGCCGGAACUGACCACCAUCCACAACUCUGGGGCGGCUAUGGUGUGGACCCAGAGACAAGAGGAUGAGAAUGGCCAAGAACAAGCAAACAAUGAGUGUCCUGACAACGAGGAGGCGGAGCAAAGCGAGCAAGAGACACCACAGCCCUCCGCCCCGUCAGGAAGUGCCAACUCUGCUUCGAGCAACAGAAGAAACCCACCCGGCGGCAAGUCGAGCCUCAUCCUGGGUUGAGACUUUGCUUUUUGAACACUUUUUUUUUUUUUUAUUUUAAUGAUAAAUCCUCCUCCCUCCCCACCACUCUCUUCCUCUCCAUCCGCCUUGUCACCUCUUUGGCCUGUGUACUCCGCGCAGUCAUGUCCUUCCAUUUCAACUUGUCCUUUUAAUCCUUUUUUCUAUUAAAGAACUGAUAAAAAAGCACUUUACGUAUCUCUGUGCCCUCUCCACCCUCCUGUACCCUCCUCCAUCCCACCCGUUUAAGGCCAUCCUGUAGUGCAUCGCGCCUGCUGGGGAAGGCAUGACAUCUAGCUUCGUCUCUCCCAUUUGUCCAUGUUGUAAAUGGUAAAAGGAAAAAAAAAAUGUUGCGUGAAUUUCUAAAUACAAUAAAGAUUGAUAUGAAUUUG